AUGGAGACGACACUGCCUUUCCCCUUCCUUAUCAGCGUGGCCGUCCCGCCCGGUCUGGCGAAGCUGGACGGCCUCGACCGCGAGCAGGUCUCGGUACUCGGCGCCCCCUUCUUCGAGGCCAACGACCAGACCCUGGAAAAGUUCCACCGCUUUCUGAAGCAGCACAACGCAGAGUUCCGUGGUUACUUUGACGUCACCGGCAUCUCAUCCAAGGACGACGUCGUCUCUCUCCUCGACGCCGGCGCCCGCAUGGUCUUCGUCUCCCCCGAGAACUUGUCGCAGUACGAAGAGUUCGGAUCCCGGGUGGGCUCCGUCCUGAAGACCGCCGCCGUCUCCACGUCAGCGGCCUCCAAGCACGCCGUGCUGGUCAAGGACUUCGACUCGACCGUCUGUGAUCUCGGAGCUUUCAUCGAGCGCUGUAAGGUGGAGAAGCUGCCGAACCUCUUCCUCAAGCCUGUCCCUGAGACAAACCUCGAGCACUUUGUCGACAUUUCCAAGCAGUGCAAUGCUAUUCCCAUCCUGCCGUCCGACGGCCUGACGGCUUCCAAGGAGGAGACCAACAAGCUCUCCCUCUCCAAGCUUAUUUCUUCCUUCUGGAAGUCGGACCGGCCCGACGGUCUCAUCCCUACCGUCGUCACUGAUGAGUCUGGCACUGCGCUGGGCCUGGCGUACAGCAGCGCCGAGAGUGUUGGCGAGGCCGUCCGCACCCGGACCGGUAUCUACCAGAGCCGCAAGCGCGGUCUCUGGGUGAAGGGUGCCACUUCCGGUGACACCCAAGAGCUCGUCCGCAUCGGACUCGACUGCGACAACGACACCCUCAAGUUCGUCGUCAAGCAGACUGGCCGUUUCUGCCACUUGGACCAGCACGGGUGCUUCGGUGAUCUGGCAGGUAUCCCCCGUCUGGAGCAGACCCUUCAGUCGCGUAAGAAGUCUGCCCCCGCCGGCUCUUACACUGCUCGCCUCUUCUCAGACGAGAAGCUUCUGCGUGCCAAGAUCAUGGAGGAAGCCGAAGAGCUCUGUGACGCCAAGACACCGGAAGAGGUUGCCUUCGAGGCCGCAGAUGUGAUCUACUUCGCUCUUGCCAAGGCCGUCAGCGCCGGCGUCAGUUUGGCGGACAUUGAGAGGAAUCUUGAUGCCAAGGCGUUCAAGGUCAAGAGGAGGACAGGUAAUGCGAAGGGCAAGUGGGCGGAGAAGGAGGGCAUUCAGACCACCCCUGCCCCUGCCCCUGCGCCGGCAGCUGCACCGGCAGUCAAGGAAGAGAAGAAGUCUGAUGAGAGGAUAUCAAUGCGCAGAUAUGACCUCUCCAAGUCCUCAGCUUCAGAGAUCGACGAAGUUCUCAAGCGCCCUUCACAAAAGUCUCCCGAUGCCAUUCUGAACAUUGUCAAGCCCAUCAUCGACGAGGUCCGAAAUGGCGGCGACAAGGCUGUCCUGUCUUACACUCACAAGUUCGAGAAGGCCACUUCUCUGACUUCCCCCGUUCUGAAGGCCCCCUUCCCCAAGGAGGCCAUGCAGCUGUCACCCGAGUCCAUCAAGGCGAUUGAUAUUUCCUUCGAGAACAUCCGCAAGUUCCACGCCGCCCAAAAGGAGGACAAGCCCCUCAAGGUCGAGACCAUGCCGGGCGUCGUCUGCAGCCGUUUCUCAAGACCGAUCGAGAGAGUUGGCCUUUACGUGCCCGGAGGAACGGCCGUUCUGCCCAGUACCGCGCUGAUGCUCGGUGUCCCCGCCAUGGUGGCCGGCUGCCAGAAGAUCGUCUUCGCCUCGCCGCCACGCGCCGACGGCAGCCUCACCCCCGAGAUCGUCUACGUCGCCCACAAGGUCGGCGCCGAGAGCAUUGUCCUCGCCGGCGGUGCCCAGGCCGUCGCCGCCAUGGCCUACGGCACCGAGAGCUGCACCAAGGUCGACAAGAUCCUCGGCCCCGGAAACCAGUUCGUCACUGCCGCCAAGAUGUUCGUCAGCAACGACACCAACGCCGGCGUGAGCAUCGACAUGCCCGCCGGUCCCUCCGAGGUCCUCGUCAUUGCCGACAAGGACGCCAACCCCGCCUUCGUCGCCUCCGACCUUCUCUCCCAGGCCGAGCACGGCGUCGACAGCCAGGUCGUGCUCAUCGCCAUUGACCUGACCGAGGCCCAGCUGCAGGCCAUCGAGGACGAGCUCCACAACCAGGCCAUGGCCCUCCCCCGCGUCGACAUCGUCCGCGGAUCCAUCGCCCACUCCGUCACCAUCCAGGUCAAGACCGUCGACGAGGCCAUGCGCAUCAGCAACGACUACGCCCCGGAGCACUUGAUCCUCCAGAUCAAGGACGCCGAGAAGGUGACCGAGCAGGUCAUGAACGCCGGCAGCGUCUUCAUCGGCGAGUGGACCCCCGAGAGCGUGGGCGACUACUCUGCUGGCGUCAACCACUCUCUGCCCACCUACGGAUACGCCAAGCAGUACUCCGGAGUCAACCUCGCCUCCUUCGUCAAGCACAUCACCAGCUCCAACCUGACGGCCGAGGGUCUGCGCAACGUCGGCGACGCCGUCAUGCAGCUCGCCAAGACCGAAGCGCUAGAGGCCCACCGCAGAGCCGUCGAGAUUCGCAUCGAGCACAUGAACCGCCAGUAA